AUGACGACUGGUAAGGAGGAUGUAGAAGCGACGCUCGUUGACUAUUUUGUAAUAGCUGGCUACGAUCCCGAUGUCGGGCUUGUGAUCGAUACAACCUGUGAUGACUUUGCAUGGGAGGAAGAAAACGGGUUAAAAUCUCCAAAAUCAAAAGAUCGACGGCCACCUUUACAACGUUCUUUCGUUGCAAAAAUCCUGCAUCAUUUCCCUCAAAAGCGACCAGGCGCACCUUUUUCGGACGAAGUGUUAUCGUUAUGCAUGCCCAAAGGACUUCGUUUUUUCACAGAAAAAGAUGUUCCAUUGAACAUCUCCUUGCAUACCUUCGCUAAUAUUCGAGAAGAUGGUAGUCGAAUCAACGGAACCGUCAUGACCUUUUAUGAGGUUAGUUUAUUGUUUGUUCAUGUGUUUCGGGACACUUUUAUGGCUGAUAGUGGCCUUCUCUAUCGGCCGAUUCGUGUCAAUUUGCAACAUUGCCGAAACAAAGAGCAAGAAAUAAAAUGA